AUGGCGACCUCCAAGAUUGUGUCACCAGACAAGCUGUCUUCUGAUGAGUUUGAACGUCUGCUUGCGCGUUACGAGCCCCUCAUCAAAUCCAUUUCGGCCACCAAAGGUGCCAAGCCUGCUCAAAAGAUCCUGCAAGAAUUGGAUCACUUCCGAUUUGUCGAGGCGCCGGCACUGUUUUCGCAAGAUGGACCGAAGCGCGAAAUGAACCAUGACGACGUAAAAAUCCUCGUCGAAUGGAAGCUCCGCCACGGGAAAUUUCGUCCGACGCUGAUGAAAUUCGUGUCAUCUAACGAUUCUUCGACUGUUGCAGAGACCAUCCAGGAAUCCAUUGAGAGCUACCGAAGUACAUCGAAUCUUUCAGCUGCUUUAGGCAUCCUGGCCAAGUUGAAGGGCAUUGGCCCCGCGACUGCUUCGCUUCUCCUUGCGGUACACUUUUCUGAGAGGGUCAUGUUCUUCUCCGAUGAAGGGUAUUACUGGUUGUGCAACAAAGGCCAAAAAGCAUCACUCAAAUACAACAUGAAGGAGUAUGAGUCCCUCAACAUCGAAGUAGGAAAGCUCAUGAGAAGACUCGACGUUUCCGCCCUAGACGUAGAGAAAGUAGCCUACGUCCUUCUCAAGCAGGAGGGCUCUGAGCCAAAGCCAGCGCCUGAUGGCCCCCUGUCAGACAUCGCAGAGAAGGGCGUUGCAAAGACAGAGUCAGCAGCGCCGACGAAAAGAAAGAAGAGCUCUGAAGAGAUAGUUGAGGCCGAGAUCCCAGUCAGGCGAUCGCAACGCAAGAAGACGGCGUAA